AUGGUCAAAUUCAUGUAUUCUCAAAUUCAAUUGUUCAUCCUUUUACUUGGCCUUUUUGCUGCGGGAAUUUUGUCUCUUAAGGCUAAUGAUGAUCGAAAGGUAUAUAUUGUAUACAUGGGUUCGAUUUCUGAAGAACACGUUGUUACGUCCGAGUAUCACAUUGAUAUUCUCCAGCAAGUUUUAGAGGGCAGUACGGCAGAAGAGUCGUUGGUAAGAAGUUACAAGAGGAGUUUCAAUGGUUUCGCAGCAAGGCUAACAGAGAAAGAGAGUAAAAAUCUAAAUAGUAAGAAGGAAGUAGUGUCUGUGUUUCCUAGUAAAACACUCCAACUUCAAACAACGAGGUCAUGGGAUUUCUUGGGUUUAGUUGAAAGUGAUGUGAUUCCAAGAAACUUGACCACUGAGAGCAACGUCAUACUCGGUGCCUUUGACACCGGAGUCUGGCCUGAAUCACCGAGUUUUAGCGAUGAUGGUUUCGGACCUCCCCCUAAGAAAUGGAAAGGUGCUUGUAAGGGCGGAAAUGAUUUCAAGUGCAACAACAAAGUAAUUGGAGCUAGUACUACCUUUGAUUCUGCAAGGGAUGAUAACGGUCAUGGAAGCCACACAGCCUCAACAGCAGCCGGGAGACAUGUAGAUCAUGCCAAUUUUUAUGGUUUGGCAGAAGGAAUUGCAAGAGGAGCAGUACCCUCUGCUAGGAUCGCCGUAUACAAAGUUUGUGGCGGCGAGAGCUGUUCGGAUUCGGAUAUUCUUACGGCUUUUGAUGAAGCGAUUGCAGAUGGGGUGGACUUGAUUACAAUUUCCAUAGGAUCAACAAAUGCAAUUUCAUUGUAUGAAGAUAGUAUCGCGAUAGGAGCUUACCAUGCGGCACAGAAAGGUAUUCUAACCGUGAACUCUGCUGGUAACAGCGGAAACACGAGUAGUUCUGUAGCAAGUGUUGCACCCUGGUUAUUCAGUGUUGCAGCUGCCUCUAGUGAUCGUCGGAUACGUGAUAAAGUUGUCCUUGGAAAUGGAAAAACACUGCUUGGUUAUUCUAUCAACCCUCUCAAGUCGGAGAAAGGCUUGUUCCCUUUAGUUUUUGGUGUAGGUUCAAGUCAGUGUUCCAAGGAAUCCAUAAGAAAUUGUUCGUCAGGCUGUCUAGAUGAGGAAUUUGUAAAAGGAAAGAUUGUAGUUUGUGAUAACUCAUAUGAUUCUGUAAUUGAUGAAGCUUUAAGAGCCGGUGCACUUGGGGUAUUGUCACGCGUUGCUAUUGAAUUUGCUCAGUUUUAUCCAUUGCCUGCCAUUAGGUUGGAACCCAAUGAAUUUGAAGAACUAUUAUCCUACUUGAAUUCGACAAAAAAUCCUAAGGCAAACAUCCUCAAGAGUUUCUCCUUUAAUGACACUUCUGCUCCUUACGUCAUCUACUUCUCUUCUCGAGGACCUAAUAUUAUUGCAUCGGAUAUCCUUAAGCCUGAUAUCACAGCUCCAGGAGUCGAAAUUAUAGCUGCAUUUUCACCUUUGGCUUCAUUGUCGUCCUUGGAUGAUACGGGCGGAAAUGAGAUGUCAGCAAAUUUUUCGAUUUUAUCUGGUACAUCCAUGUCUUGUCCACAUGUCGCAGGUGCAUCAGUUUAUUUAAAAUCGCUUCAUCCAGAUUGGUCUCCUUCGGCGAUUAAAUCUGCUUUGAUGACUACAGCAUGUCCUAUGAGCCCAUCAAAGAACCAAGACGCCGAAUUUGCCUAUGGAUCAGGGCAUCUUGAUCCUGUAAAGGCAGCAAAUCCUGGACUUGUUUAUGAAACACUUGAAGAUGAAUAUUUAACAUUUUUCUGCAAGUUGGGUCUCAGCAAAGAUCAAAUUGCUCUGAUCACGGGUAACAAGAGUUUCUCAUGCCCAGAAAAUAGUACUCGUAACCAGAGUUCGUUACCAAACGAUGUAAACUAUCCUUCCCUCUCUGCCAUGGUUGAUGUUGGUACACCAUUCAAUGUCAAAUUUAGUAGAACAGUCACCAAUGUCGGAGUUGCUAAUUCUACCUACACCGUAAAAGUUGAAUCGCCCAAGGAAGUUAUGGUCACGGUGAAGCCAAGUACUCUUUCAUUUACAUCAUUGAAUGAGAAGAAGUCGUUCGAUGUGACUGUUGUAGGCAAAGGAUUAUCAAAAGGCCCAAGCUCCAUUAUUUCAGCAUCGUUGGUUUGGUCUGAUGGACAACAUAGUGUUAGAAGUCCUAUUGUUAUUUACUCUAAUUCAUUUGCACUGUAGUUGCUUGCUCUAUAAUUGUCGCUGUUUUGUGUUUAUUCCAAACACAAAUUAAUUUAAGGUUCAUACAAAUCGAAU